CGACUCUCCUCUACUUCUACCAAAACCUCCCUCGGACCUGCGACUGGGAGCUGUUCAAAGGCAUCUUUCUCGUUUUGCCGUCUCUCAGGUCAGGACCAUGUCGAGCUCACAAUGUUUGCGCCGCUUGGCCUGUAAACGACCAGCCUCUCUUCCCCGUCAGCCUGCAGCGACAUCGAGCAGACUACUGCGAUCUUCGCAAGGCCUCAGAUCUCUAUAUACUGCCACUGCAUCGUCAAAAGCUCUUCCGACUCUUCCACAGUGCCGGAAACCUUUCUCACCGGUACAGCUACGCCAAUUCAGCCUUGCAAGUCGAUAUUAUGAAGAGCAAAUCGUGAAAGUGCCAGAAAUGGCCGAGUCCAUUUCCGAAGGUACCCUGAAACAAUUCUCGAAAUCUGUUGGCGACUACGUGGAACAGGAUGAGGAGAUCGCGACUAUCGAGACCGACAAAAUCGAUGUUGCCGUCAAUGCGCCAACCGCCGGUACUAUCAAGGAGUUCCUUGCAAAGGAGGAAGACACUGUGACUGUUGGUCAGGACUUGGUCAAGAUUGAGACCGGAGGCGAGCCUGGUCAGAAGGCGGAGAAGGGCUCGUCGGAAGCAAAGGAGCCUGCGCCAGCAGAUCAGGACAAGGCUGCACAUGAACCCGAAUCGAAGAAGCAAGAAUCAAAGCCAGAGCCUAAGCAGGAACAGCCCAAGCAAGAAUCGAAGCCAGAACCAGAAUCUAAAUCGGAACCUAAGCAAGAGCAAAAGUCGCAGCCAUCAAAGAAGGAGGAGCCAAAGAAAGAGGAGAAGACUGAAUCUCCAUAUGGCAGCAGAUCUGAGAAGAGAGUAAAGAUGAACCGCAUGCGCCUGAGGAUAGCAGAGCGCCUGAAGCAAUCGCAGAACACUGCUGCUUCGCUCACUACAUUCAACGAGGUCGAUAUGUCUGCGCUGAUGGAAAUGCGCAAGCUCUACAAGGACGAAAUCCUUAAAAAGACCGGCGUCAAGCUUGGAUUCAUGAGUGCAUUCUCUAGAGCUUCCGUUUUGGCCAUGAAGGAGGUUCCAACUGUCAACGCUAGCAUUGAAGGUCCAGGUGGUGGAGACACCAUCGUAUACAAGGACUAUGUGGACAUCAGUGUUGCAGUUGCCACGGAAAAGGGACUCGUAACGCCUGUUGUGCGCAACGCUGAGAGCAUGGAUCUGGUUGGUAUCGAAAAGACAAUUGCGGAUCUCGGCAAGAAGGCACGCGACAACAAGCUUACCAUCGAGGACAUGGCCGGCGGUACCUUUACCAUAUCUAACGGCGGCGUCUUCGGCUCUCUCAUGGGAACACCUAUCAUCAACCUCCCACAAACCGCCGUACUCGGUCUCCACGCAAUCAAGGACAAGCCAGUCGCUGUCAACGGCAAAGUCGAGAUCCGACCCAUGAUGUACCUUGCUCUCACAUACGACCACAGAUUACUGGACGGAAGGGAAGCUGUGACUUUCUUGGUAAAGAUUAAAGAAUACAUCGAGGACCCGAGGAAGAUGCUACUCUUCUAGAUCGGGGAAAAAGCCUGCUAUGCAUCGGUAGAGUGUUUGGGAAGGCUACAAACUUGCUUCUUCUGCAACAAAGAGCGUUGUAGUCAAGUCUCGGUUGUUUUUGCGUGUACAAAGUAACUUUCCACC